UUUUCAAAGAAAAAAUGUAUCUUUUUAGGAAUAAAUUGGAAAAUGGGGAGCCUUUAAGCAUAUAUACUAUAGGGGGGUGAAUUGAGAAAUUUUCGGAUUCAAAUCACAACAGAAAAUACAAAAUCCACUUCCGUUGGAGAAGCCUACUGUAUGUUAGAUCGGAAACAAGUUGGAUUGGUGUCGCACUCAACUCAACUCGCCGGAAAAACUCAGCCGGAGUUGCUCGUCGGCCGCCACAAACACUGACGAAAUCAUCAACCAGGCACUAACGCGAGGAUUUAAUGAGUGGCGGUUCUGCAUCUAGUAACUUAAGGCAAGCUCUCUCCUAUUGCGUACAACAAGUGCGAAGUUAUGAUUACCAUCACUAUCUCUGCCUUCUUGAAUUGCCUCCAUCUAUGCGGAAGGCUGCAUUUACACUCCGUGCCUUGAAUGUUGAAACAGCUAGAGCUAUGGAUGUUGCUUCAGAUCCCAGGAUUGGCCUUAUGCGCCUUGUCUGGUGGCAGGAAGCGAUAGACAAAUUGUUUGCCAAUAAAUUAAUUGAACAUCCAACAGCGCUGGCCCUGUCAAGCGUGAUAGCAGAGACCAAAAUUAGUAAGACAUGGUUGAAACGAUCCGUUGAAGCCCGGAUCAACGAUGCAAGAAGAGAGGCUACCGACAUUCCAGAAACUAUGGAAGAAUUGGAGAAAUAUGCCGAGAACACGGUAUCUACUAUGUUGUACUUGACACUUCAAGCUGGCGGUAUCACGUCUACUGCAGCUGAUCAUGCAGCCUCACAUAUUGGCAAGGCUAGCGGUAUUCUUUUGCUCCUUAAAUCGCUACCUUAUCAUGCUGGUCACAACCGACAUUUUUCUUACAUUCCAAGGGCAAUAGCAUCCAAACAUGGGCUAAUUUUUAAACAGGAAGGUCAAGGAGAGAGAUGGGUGGAUUCUCGUGAGGGUCUGUGUGAAGCAGUUUAUGAAAUGGCAUCAGUUGCCAACGCACACUUAGAAAAGGCACGUAAAUUAGCUGGGAGUGUGCCUGCUGAGGCUGUUCCAGUGCUCCUGCCAGCUGUGCCUGCUCAGGUUCUCUUGGAUUCCCUACGCCGGGUGCAAUUUGAUGUGUUUGAUCCAAGGCUAGCACGAGGGGUGCUGGGAAUACCACCUUUGUGGUACCAGCUUCAACUCAAGUGGACUUCAUGGAGAAGGAAAUACUAAACUAGUUUAGUUACCUUGAUGUUAAUCAACCUUGGGGGUCUUGAAAUUUUUUCAUGUGUGUUAAUUGUUUAAUAAGUUUAUUGGACCAUGUAACAGAAACUAGAAUCUAGCAUAUGCACUAAUUGUGAUGUGCAAUGUAUCUUUUUAAAAUGAGGCCUGGGUUAUUUAAAGGCCAACACAAUUGUAUUUGAGCAUACUUAACAUGAUUUUCUGCUCAUAAUUUAAAGAAAACACAACACGAUUUUAGUGUACCAAAAUCAUGAUAAGCACUUGUGCUAUAAGCUGCAAAUAAACCAAUCCAAACAGGCCCUAAGACAAGCUCAAGUCUUCAACUGCUCUUUACAGAAAGAGCGGCACAGUGCCUAGAAGAGAUGGUAUGGUAUCUCCUUGUGAUUUUCUGCGGCAAAUUAUCGAGCUUCCCUGUUCCAGUGUUCCUCAUUGUGCUGGCUCUGAUUUUUGGUGGUCACAUGAAAUGAAACACAUCUAUGUCCCUGUAAACUAUUGUUUAGGUAAUUUUUUCUUCAUAUCUUUCUCUUUGAUUUUCUUGCUUUUAAUGGUCAUGAAAUAUACAUGACAACAACACAAACAUAUUGUAAUUUUUAAUGGAAAUAAAACAUUUUUUUUCAUC